AGUGUGCGUCAAAAAGACACACCUUGCCAUUGACAUCACCAAACUGUGAUGUCAUGAUUCUACACAUCUCUGUACACAGUUUUGCAGCUUUUACAGAGGUUUCUGCCAAUAAACACAAAGAUAAAGAAGAUAAAGAGGAGGAGGAGGAGGAGGAGGACACAGCUGACCAGCAGGAGGCGCCAGCAGUCUGUUUAUGAGGCUCUGAUUUAACUUUCACUUUUGAAGCCAUAAAGAGAAAUCAGACAGGAAGUGUUCAGCAGAGUCUACAUGUGAUGUGAGUCUGUCUGCAGAAAUCUCUCUGAGAGGAAGAAACAACAACAGAGAGCAGGAGCAUUUCUACACAUGAAAACAUGAGAAAAGGAGUAUGAAAGUGUUCCACAGAUCAAUACAUCAUCAUCAUCAUCAUCAUCUGACCCUGACACCACAUCAUGGGUAUCUGGCAGAGUAAGCAGGAAUACAGCACAGAUGUGAGCAUCAAUCAGACCAUCAUGAAGUUCUGCAGUCUGGAUUCUUCAGACAUGCUGAAACAACACUAUGAGAGGAGGAGGAUGGAGGCGUCUGACUGCGCUCCAGACUGGAUCAAGAACCUGACAGAGAAGCUGGGCGCCUUCACGUCAGCUCCUGAGAUGGCAGGCCUCGGAGCGCUCGCCGUCGCCGUCUUCAUCGACAUGAAGUUCUCCAGUCCGCAGGAGGAGAGCACGAAGGACGCUCUGCGCUGCGUGUUUGCUGAGCAGAAGGCCUCUGAGGUCCGGGAUCUGAUCGACCACUGCCUGGAGACAUGCUGGACGUACAUUGACAAUGCCGGCAAGCUGAGGAGCGAACUGGAGCGGAUCGACGGUCAGCUGAGCGCGGCGCUCACCAAGCUGAAGAAUUCCAUGUUGGAUGACGGCCACUUGACGAACAACGCUCUGAAGGCCUGGGUGAAUGGGGCGGCCUUCCGCAUCCAGAUGAUGAUCCACCAGGUGAGACUAGGAGGGACUGACACCUACGUGAAGAGACUCCUCUCUGCUUACCAGAACAACCUGGAGUCGCUGUUCACAGAACACAAGGAGAUGAUCAGAAAGAAGUGCAAGCUGGACAGGGUGAUGCGCUAUGAUGAAGACCCUAAUGGACCUGAAUAUAUGUUUUUUGGUGAAAAUUCAAAUUUUUUUGAUUAUGGUCAUGACCUUGACUUUGACGACUGUUUUAACAGGUAUUAUUAUCACAUUUAUGGCAAGCAAUGGCGUGACAAUGAGAAUCACUUCAGUUACGUGACAGAGAAUCUGCAGCGUCUGGUUAGUCUGAGAGGCUCCAUUAACUUCUAAUGAGAGAGAAACUGAUUCUUGAUUUUGACUUAGACUUGUUGGACAGGGCUGUCCACAUACUUUUGGUCACAUACUGUUUCUAACGUUUGGUGUAAACUGAUGCAGUGAAGUAAAAUAUGAUCAAUGACUGAAGGAUUUACUGUAAAGUCACUCUUGACUACGUUAUCAAUAGUUACAGUAAUGUGAUGUAUUUAAUAAUCAUUUCAAAUACUUCUGUGUAAGUUUCAUAUUGUUUAUUGUUCAUAUUGUGUCAUUUUAUGGUAAUUCAUGGUGUGUUAUUAUUUAGGCUCAGCAGAGCUGUGAGUUAAAGUCCAACAAAAACUACAAUAUGUUGUUUCAUACUGUCCAAUCAGAGCGCCGCAGAUUGGGGAUUUAGAUCAAUAUAAAGUGCUGAGUCAUUACAGACGUUACAGUUGAAUAAAGUCAUGCUGACUGAUCACAGUUUUAAAUAAAGAAUAAUCAAUAUCA